CAACGAGACCGCGUGAGUGAGAGAGACACAGAGAGAGACACAGAGAGGGAGAGGGUGGGGAGGUAGAACUGACGAGGAAAUGAGAGAAAUUUAUUCCCAACAUAGAUAACAAUUUCCUCUCGCUUUCUCCUCAGACUUAUCUGUAAUGUUUAUUGAAGUGAAGCUCUUCAAACCAUCAUUUUUCUCGGCAACCAAAUAGAUCUAUUUCCCGGUAAAGUUUUUGCUUCGUUUCCUCUGGAAAGCCUGCCCAAACAUAGGGAGUAAUUGACUUGCAUCUCUCUUUCGUAGCUGGCAUGUGCUUAAUGGAGGUGAAGGAAAUUGAAUAGAGUUUUUCUCUGAGUAAUGAGAUGGUGAUGGACAUGAUUAGUAGUACCUCUCUAGUUCCAGUAUCCGAAUUACUCUCUCAGACCGUCAUUGCGACAUUUGAUACUGUACAUGCAGCGAAGGAAGUCCUCAUUCAGAAGGAGAAUUUCCAAAAAUUCUCAACUUACUUGGAGAAGAUUAAAUUUAUCUUAAAGGAGUUGUUGGGGCUAAACUUAGACAUUUCCAAGAGCUUAGAAAAUGCUGUGGAGAUCCUCAACCGAGAGAUUAAAGUUGCUAAGCAGCUAACUCUUGAGUGCAGAACCAGAAGCAAGGUUUAUCUCUUAAUCAGUUGCCGGAACGUUGUUAAGGUUUUAGAGGGUAGUACAAAAGAGAUUGGUCGGGCAUUAACCCUCAUCCCUUUGGCCGCUUUGGAUGUUUCUUUGGGUUUAAAAGACCAGGUUAGCCAGUUGUCCAAGGAUAUGCUGAAUGCAGAGUAUCGAGUGGCUGCAAUGGAGGAAGAUAUUUUGGCAAAGAUCCAGUUAGGAAUAGAAGAGAGGAAUGCUGAUCGAUCCUAUGCAAAUAAUUUGUUAGAUCAUAUUUCUAAGGCUGUUGGGAUAUCCACUGAGCAGUCUGAAUUGAAGAAAGAACUAGAAGAACUCAAAAGGGAAAGAGAAGAUGCCAUGAUGAGCAAUGGCUUGGCAGACGCUACACAAAUGGAACAGGUCAUUUCAUUGCUUGAAAAGGCUGAUGCCACAUGUCCUGAGGAAAAGGAGAAGGAAUAUUUCAGAAAGCGGAACUCUUUAGGCAGUAGGAAACCAUUGGAACCGCUCCAGUCUUUUUAUUGUCCCAUCACUCUGGCUGUUAUGGUUGACCCUGUGGAAACUUCCUCUUGUCGGACGUUUGAGAGGAGUGCCAUAGAGAAGUGGUAUGCUGAAGGGAACAACCUUUGUCCCUUGACCAUGAUUCCCGUGAACACUUCGGUUCUCAAACCCAACAAAACUCUUCAACAAUCAAUAGAAGAAUGGAAGAACAGGAACACCAUCAUUACCAUUGCCUCUAUCAAACCCAUUCUGCAGGCAAGCGAAGAGCAACAAAUGCUUAAAUCCUUAUGCAAACUGCAAGAUAUUUGCAUAGAAAAAGAGUUGCACCGGGAUUGGGUAACAAUGGAGGGAUACAUUCCAGUUCUAAUUGGACUUCUCAAUGCAAAAAAUCGUGAGAUAAGAAUGAAAGUUCUGUUCAUCUUAUUUAUGCUUGCAAAAGACAGUGAAGAUAAUAAGGAAAGAAUUGCUAAAGUGGAUAAGGCACUUGAAUCCAUUGUUCACUCACUUGCGCGCCAAAUCGGUGAAAGUAAGUUAGCAUUGCAGUUGUUACUGGAACUUUCUAGAAGUAUUGUUGUACGAGAUUCUAUUGGAACAGUUCAGGGCUACGUACUUCUCCUGGUGGCCAUUUUAGGCAGUGAUGACAAUGAAGCUGCCAAAGAUGCCGAAGAACUUCUAGAGAAUCUGUCUGUCCUUGAUCAGAAUGUUAUACUAAUGGCAAAAGCAAGUCAUUUUAAACCUUUGAUACGGCUUCUUUCCUCAGGAUCAGAAAAUGUUAGAAUGAUCAUGGCCGAAACUUUAUCAGAAAUUGAAUUAACUGAUCACAAUAAAUUGUCCAUAUUUGAAGAUGGGGCUUUGAGUGCACUUCUUCAGUUGCUCUCAAAUGGUGACUUACAGAUGAAGAAAGUGGCUGUUAAAGCACUUCUCCACCUCUCGAGCUUACCACAAAAUGGCCUCCGAAUGAUCAGAGAAGGUGCAGUUGGGCCAUUAUUUGAACUUCUGUAUCGUCACAGUUUAUCUUCACCCACUUUGCGCGAGCAGGUAGCUGCCACAAUUAUGCAUUUAGCAAUAUCAACCACUCUCCAAGAAGCUGAUCAGGAGCAGGUUUUCUUGUUGGAAUCUGAGGAAGAUAUUUUUAAGCUUUUUUCACUUGUCUCCUUAACAGGUCCAGACAUACAAAAAAGCAUUCUCAUAACAUUUCACGCAAUGUGCCAAUCUGCUUCUGGUUUUGAUAUCAGGAUGAAGUUGAGACAGCUCUCUGCUGUCCAAGUAUUGGUUCAAUUAUGUGAGGUCAACAACCAUACUGUACGGACAAAUGCUGUGAAGUUGUUCCAUUGCUUGGCAGAAGAUGGUGAUGACAGAACCUUUUUGGAGCAUGUGGGUCAGAGAUGCAUUGAGACAUUACUGAGGAUCAUUGAAACUUCGAAUGACGAAGAGGAGAUUGCCUCUGCAAUGGGUAUUAUCUCCAACCUUCCUAAGGAGACACAGCUCAAUCAAUGGCUUGUAGAUACUGGAGCAAUUCAAACAAUUUUUACAUGUCUAACUGAUGGAACAAAAAAUACCUUACGCAAUAGGCAAGUAAUAGAGAAUGCUGUUGGAGCUCUUUGCCGUUUCACUGUCUCAACAAAUCAGGAAUGGCAGAAGAGAGUAGCCGAAGCUGGCAUUAUCCCUGUGCUGGUACAGUUGCUGGCUUCUGGAACUGCCUCAACAAGACAAACUGCAGCCAUUUCAAUGAAGCAGUUUUCUGAAAGUUCCUCUAGCUUGAGCAGGCCAAUGAAAAAGCAUGGGAUCUUCCACUGUUGCUUGGCCACUUCUGAAACUGCCUGCCCUGUACACUUGGGCAUCUGCACAGUAGAAUCUUCAUUUUGCAUUUUAGAGGCAAAUGCUUUGGAACCUCUCAUAAGGAUGCUUGGGGAGUCCAAUCCUGGGUCCUGUGAAGCUUCUUUAGAUGCAAUCUUGACACUGAUAGAUAGUGAAAGACAGGGCGGCAGUGAAGUGCUAGCUGAAGCAAAUGCCAUUUUGCCAAUUAUAAAAUUAUUGAGUUCAUCUUCUGACAGACUGCUGGAGAAAACUCUUAUUGCUUUGGGAAGAAUUUUUCAGCUGGAACAGCUAAAGCAAAAAUAUGGAACUUCAGCGCAGAUGCCAUUGGUGGAGAUUGCUCAGAAGAAAAAUAGCCAUUUGAAAUCUCUGGCUGCCAAGGUACUUGCUCAGUUGAAUGAGCUUGGCCAACAGUCUUCUUAUUUUGGUUGAUGAUAUUUUGACUUUCAGUUAUUCGCAAAUGAAGAAGCAAUAUUAUGUUCAUCGGUCAUUAUUCAUUAGCACAUUGUAAUUAAGCUACUGAACAUUCAUAUAGGAAUGAAUUCGUAAAUCUGAAUCAGAUCAAUUUUCCAAAAGAAAGGAAAGCUCUGCACGUUAUAUAUAAUGUAGUCUGCUAAAUAAAAUCUGAAUCUAGUAUUAUGUA